AUGAGUGGUGGGCCAUGGACAAAGUCAAGGACUAGAUUCAAGGACAAAACAGUAAAUAUGAAAGAGGCAAACAUUGUGAUGCAAAUUGAGAGUAAUCCAACCAUUCCAGUCAAUGCACUUCAAGAAGAUCUCAUUCAAAAAUUCGAGAUGAACAUGUCAAGAAUGAAGGUACAUCGGGCAAAGGAAUUGGCUCAGAAGCAUGUUUUUGGGGAUUUGCAGAAACAAUAUGCUAUUUUGAGGGACUAUGGACUAGAGUUGAUGGAAAUAAACUCGGGUACUAAUGUGAAGAUUGAUUGUUACAGUGAGCCAAAUUUAAAUUAUGAUACAAGGACAUUUAGGAGAAUUUACAUUUGUUUAGGAGCAUUAAAGGAAGGAUUUAAGGCUAAUCUAAUGGAUUUCAUAGGGUUGGAUGGUACUUUCAUGAAAGGUCCCUAUCCUGGUCAAAUUUUGACUGUCGUAGGGGUAGAUUCCAAUAAUGGGAUAUAUCCUCUUGCAUAUGCUCUUGUUGAGAAUGAAACCACCAAUUCAUGGACAUGGUUUUUGGAACAACUUGGUGAUGAUCUGGAACUUUAUGAUAAUUCAAACUUCACUUUCAUCUCAGAUAGGCAGAAGGGUAUCAUUCCUGCAAUUGCCAAACUUUUCCCUCAAGCUGAGCAUAGGUUAUGUCUGAGGCAUAUUUAUGAAAAUAUGAAAAGGCAGUGGAAGGAUAAAGAGCUCAAAGAUUUGGUGUGGGCAUGUGCAAUUGCUACUACUUUAAGGCAUUUUGAGAAAGCAUUAGAAGAGCUAAAGAAAUUCAAAGUUGAAGCUCAUGAUUGGCUGAUACAGAUUCCUCCAGCUCAUUGGGCAAGAUCUCAUUUCUCAGGGAGGGCACAUACUAACAUCUUGUUGAAUAACCUGUGUGAGGUUUUGAAUGGAAAAAUACAAGGUGGUAGGGACAAACCUAUCAUUUAUUGUUUGGAGUAUAUUAGAGAGUAUUUGAUGAAGAGAAUUUGCAAUGUCCAAAGAGAGAUUGAUAAAUGCCAUGGUCCUCUCACACCAACUGCCACAAGUCUUCUUGAUCAAAUGAAAAGACAAGCACAAAGCACAGACACAUGUAGACAUUGGGAAAUUACAUGCAUUUUAUGCUCACAUGCAAUAAGUGCAAUAUGGGACAAGAUUCAACAUGGAGCAAAGAAUGUUCCUGAGUUGGAGCAUUGGGUCCACCCAUGCUACUGGCUAAUUACAUGGGCAGAAGUGUACAAACACAAAAUUGAACCUAUAAAUGGUAGAUUGAUGUGGCCCAAAUCACAAUGCCCAACCAAGUUGCUUCCACCCAAACAUGUUGUUCAUGUAGGUAGGCCCAAAAAGAAAAGGAAGAGGGCAUAUGAUGAACCUGCUACACAGGGGCAUAAACUGUCCAAGAGGUGGACCACUGUCACAUGUAGAAAGUGCAACAACAAAGGGCAUAAUUCAAGAACUUGUAAAGGUCAAGGUGGCCCUAAUGACAAAAGAACUAAAGAAACAGGAGGAUAG